GUGCGCGUGGGAGCGGGAGUAUGGCGCUGUACGCAGCGGCAGCGGCGGUACUGGAGGGCGUGGAAAAUCGCAAGGGCUCCCUCAAGGGGCUGGUGUACACCAGCAGCUUCCAGAACGUGAAGCCGCUGUACGCGCUGGUGUGCGAGACGCAGCGCUACUCCGCCGUGCUGGACGCGGUGAUUGCCAGCGCCGGCCUCCUCCGUGCCGAGAAGAAGUUGCGGCCGCACCUGGCCAAGGUGCUAGUGUAUGAGUUGUUGCUGGGAAAGGGCUUUCGAGGGGGCGGGGGCCGAUGGAAGCCUCUGCUGGGCCGGCACCAGGCGAGGCUCAAGGCUGAGUUGGCUCGGCUCAAGGUUCAUCGGGGUGUGAGCAGGAAUGAGGACCUGUUGGAAGCGGGGUCCAGGCCAGGCCCAGCCUCCCAGGUGCCUCGCUUUGUGCGAGUGAACACUCUCAAGACCUGCCCUGAUGAUGCAGUGGAUUAUUUCAAGAGGAAAGGUUUCUCCUACCAGGGCCGGGCUUCCAGCCUUGAAGACCUACGGGCCCUCAAAGGGAAGCACUUUUUUCUGGAUCCCUUGCUGCCUGAGCUGCUCGUGUUUCCUGCGCAAACAGAUCUGCACGAACACCCUCUGUACCAGGCGGGUCACCUCAUCCUGCAGGAUAAGGCCAGCUGCCUUCCAGCCAUGCUGCUGGCCCCGCCACCUGGCUCCCAUGUCAUUGACGCCUGUGCUGCCCCAGGCAACAAGACCAGUCACCUGGCAGCUCUUCUGAAGAACCAGGGGAAGAUCUUUGCCUUCGACCUGGAUGCCAAGCGGUUGGCGUCUAUGGCCACUCUGCUGGCCCGCGCUGGAGUGUCUUGCUGCGAGUUGGCCGAGGAGGACUUCCUGGCAGUGUCGCCCACAGACACACGUUACGCCAGGGUCCAGUACAUCCUGCUGGAUCCCUCCUGCAGCGGCUCUGGCAUGCUGAGCCGGCAGCUGGAGGAGCCUGGUGCAGAGCCGCCCAGCAAGGAGCGCCUGUGUGCCCUGGCGGCCUUCCAGCUUCGAGCUCUGCGCCAUGCCCUCACCUUCCCCACCGUGCAGCGCCUCGUCUAUUCCACCUGCUCCCUCAGCCAGGAGGAGAACGAGGACGUGGUCCGAGAGGCGCUGCAGCAGAGCUCUGGGGCCUUCCGGCUAGCGCCCAUCCUGCCCUCCUGGCCGCACCGAGGCCUCGGCACUUUCCCAGGGGCUGAACACUGCCUCCGGGCCUCCCCCACGACCACGCUCACUGGCGGCUUCUUCAUUGCUGUGAUUGAAAGGACAGACGUGCCCAGCUCACCCUCACUGGCUGAAGUGCCGGCACCGGAACCUGUGCCCAGCCCCACACUGAAGAGGAGGAAGAGGCGGCGGAAAACAGCAGCUCAUGAGAGCACGUAGCAGGUGCCAGCCGGCAGUGAGACCUGCAGGGAAGGCAGCUGCUAGACGACACACUGAGCCCCGGGCUGCAGCAGGGGUCUGGAAGUGGAGGGGAGUUGCCUGGCAGCCCAUUCCUCCCACCGGAAGGACAGGGAUGUCCUAGCCGUGUGGGCCCCUCCCCUGGACUGUGUUCUUGCUGGUGACAGAAGUGCUGCUGCCACACAAAUAAAAGACAAGACACUCUUAUGAUGGAUCACAGUUUGUUUAUUCUUAUGACAUAAGCAAGGAGAAAAAUGUCACAUUCAUACUAAAAAUGCCCACUAGCCCCAGCAGGAACCAAAUCUCACCAGUAAGUCCCAGCCUCCUGUUCCUGUCCUGUGCAUGUCCUUGCACACAUGCUCGGCGCCCACCCGGGAAGGGAGGUCAGCUGGCUCAGACCCCACAGCUGAGGGCCCUGAUGCAAGGCCAGGCUGAGGCUUCACUGCUGGACCCGCGCCCACCCUGUGGGGCCUAGGCCUUGCGCUCUUCCCACAUUCAAUCUCAGUCACUAAGGGGGAGGGGACUAGUCACACCUACAUCACAUUAUUUAUAAAAUAAGGAUUAAGUUUGUAUAAUCGGGAAGGAGCUCCAGUCCUGGUGAGCAGUGAGCCCCUCCACACAGGCAUAACUUAACUAUACUGCUAAUCUCUAGUCCAUAGCGUUUAGACAACCACCUCAAUGAACCAAGCUUGAAGGAAUUUAAAAGGCAAUUUAGCUUAAAUACAAAAAUAAAUUUUUAUUUUGUUAAAAAA